AUGUUAGCCCGUUAUCUUUUAGAGCUAGGCUCUCUUAACAUGGAUAACUACACCGAAAGUGAUGUGGAAGAAGCAAAUAAGGCACUUCAAUUAAUGGGAUAUGUAGCCAAAGUGGUCAGUGAGCCCCCCAGCCAUCUUGGUCCCGAGCAGCGCUUAGUUGUGCUUAUUCAGCAACGAAAAUAUCCUAUCAAUAUGGAUGGUAGCUCCAAUAAUAUACUACUGUCUUCGGAUAUUCGAAAGCUUUCAUGGCUGUGCAUAAAAGCCGAUGUCAAAGCAUUGGUCGAUAAACUUCUUGACUCAUUACCAUCCGCCCUGCUUAUCAUCACUCCUGAGAUAACGAACGCAGUUCUCGAAUUGACGCAAUCGCAUUUUCUGAAUGCGUCGUUUACUGGAGAGAAUAAUAUUGUGUUACCAAACCACGAAAUACUGGAUAGACUCAGACACCCACACUGUUUUCCUACUCUUAGAUUCUUGUUAGAAAUGCAAGACUAUAUAUUGGACAGACAACCCUUAAGGUGUAAUUGCAUAUAUUGUAAUACCAACGUCGGCUUUGGAGUCGUCUGCCCUUGCGGAGCGUGUGCACACUUUGACUGCGUGCGUCAACUACUUUCUCAUGACGAUAAUUUAUCUUGUCUUGUUUGCGCGACAGCGUGGCCGGCUCCAUACAUUGCCUAUAUUCAUGAUGGUGUCAAAUACUCAUGA